ACUCUAUUUUUAUUUUGACUUGUUUUUUAUUUGAGAUUGAUAAGUAUUUUGGAUUUCUAUAUUUAAAUUGGGUAUGAACCUAAUAUUGGGCCGAUCCUACCACUUAUUGGGCCUAUUCAAUAAGCCUGAAAUGGGCUAUUGGGCCGUGAAAUGGCCGCCAAUUUCCUUCGUGUUCGUGUUACCUCUGCGCUCGAAGAGCCUAAGAAUAAGCCCUCGAGGAGCAAAACCCUCGCCGUUGCUGUUGGUGGUUCCUCCCGAUCGUCGUCGAUGACGGAGCUCAAGAAGAUAUCGGAGGCGCGGGACCUGAUGCGGAUCGAGCGCAUCGGGGCACACUCCCACAUCCGGGGGCUCGGCCUCGACGCGGGGCUCGAGGCCCGUGCCGUGUCGGAGGGGAUGGUGGGACAGUGCGCCGCCCGCAAGUCUGCUGGGCUCAUACUUAACCUCAUCAAGGAGGGCAAGAUCGCCGGCCGUGCCAUCCUCCUCGCUGGCCAGCCUGGCACCGGGAAGACCGCCGUCGCCAUGGGCCUCGCUAAGUCCCUUGGUCCUGAGACCCCCUUCGCCACCGUCUUCGCUUCCGAGAUCUUCUCCCUCGAGAUGUCCAAGACGGAGGCCCUCACCCAGGCCUUCCGCAAGGCCAUCGGCGUCCGCAUCAAGGAGGAGGCGGAGAUCAUCGAGGGCGAGGUCGUCGAGAUCUCCAUCGACCGCCCUGCGGCCGGCGCUGGGUUGUCGGCGGGUCAGUCCUCUUCCAAAACUGGUAAACUGACCCUUAAGACGACCGAUAUGGAGACGGUCUAUGAGCUCGGAGGGAAGAUGAUAGAAGCGCUGGGCAAGGAGAAGGUGCAGAAUGGGGAUGUGAUAGCGCUGGAUAGGGCAUCUGGGAAGGUCACAAAGCUUGGGCGGUCGAUCACGCGCUCGAGGGACUAUGAUGCCACCGGCCCGAGCACCAAGUUCGUGAGGUGUCCAGAGGGAGAGUUGCAGAAGAGGAAGGAGGUGGUGCAUUGUGUCACCCUUCAUGAGAUCGAUGUUAUCAAUAGCAGGACGCAGGGUUUUCUUGCACUUUUUACUGGUGACACUGGCGAAAUCCGAGCCGAAGUCAGAGAACAGAUUGAUUCAAAGGUUUCAGAGUGGAAAGAGGAAGGGAAGGCCGAAAUCAUACCAGGAGUCCUGUUCAUCGAUGAGGUCCAUAUGCUAGACAUCGAGUGCUUCUCCUUUCUCAACCGUGCAUUGGAGAAUGAGAUGGCCCCAAUACUGGUUAUCGCAACAAAUCGUGGGAUCACGACUAUUCGCGGAACUAACUACCGGUCGCCUCAUGGAAUCCCAGCAGAUUUCUUAGACCGCCUCCUCAUUAUAACCACUCAGCCAUAUACAGAGGAAGAAAUCGGCAAGAUUAUCGAGAUCAGGUGCGGAGAAGAAGAGGUGGAGUUGUCCAAGGACGCAAAGCUCUUGCUGACAAAGAUUGGGGUGGAGACGUCGUUGAGGUACGCCAUCCACCUGAUCACAGUGGCUGCACUGGCUUGUCAGAAGCGGAAGGGAAAGACAGUCGAGAUGGAAGACAUAAGCAGGGUGUAUCAGUUGUUUCUGGAUGUGAAGAGAUCAACUCAGUAUCUAAUGGAAUAUCAGAACCAGUACAUGUUUAAUGAAGUGCCCAAGGCGGGCGACGAAGAUGAAACUAUGCAGUCUUGAUCUAUCAUUCGUUCCUGAUUCCGGUCAUAGGUUGCUUUGGAGAUGAGAGACUUAAAAGAGUGCACACUGACGAGUAGGAGGAGAUGCCAUUUAUGUCUUUUGCAGUGAAGAGUUCAACAGUUUACCUGUAGAUUAUGACCGAGGAAAUGGUUUAUCUACUGAUUGA